GGUGUUGUUUACAUGGUGACGCCGCGCGAGACUGCAGCUCCCGUCCACUGCUGAGUGACGUCAGAGCCUGGACAUGGCCGAGGCCGGCGGCGGCAGCGUCCGGAGCUCAUGAUUCAGAGAAUGGACAGCCCGCUGCUCUCCCAGUUCAUGAAGGAGGUUCCCAGUGCAGCUUCGGCUCCCCAGUCCAAGUUCUACAGCAGCUGGUCUGUGUGUGAGGACGACGCCGGAGCGCCCUCCAUCCUGCGAUGUGCGGACCAAAGUGCACCGCUUCCUUUCCCUGGACCGGAGAACUGUUCUAACGUGAUUGGGCAGGAGGCGGACAGCCGGGAUGUAGUGACAGACUGGGACUCACUUUCCCGUCUGUUUCCUCCUCUGUGGGCUGCUGCCGACCACCAAGACCUUUCUGAGUAUUUUCCAGGGAUCCUUCCAGGAAGUGCAGAUGUUCCUGGUGCCCUUAGUCCGCCUCUAUAUGAAGAGCACGGGAGGAAAUUGCCAGACAUGGAGAGUCUCCAGAGAGGGUUUGAAGACCUCGGCCUGCUGGACCCUUGGGUCUCUAGUCCAGAUGCCUGUGAUACACCAGUGGAAGAUCUCCUCAAGGAUCUCUACAUUGAAAACCAAGCACUAGAGCUCAACUCUUCCUUCCAGCCAAUGGAGGGGGGUAACCAGUACAUAAGCAAUUACAUGAGGUCCAAUGGUCAGAAUUCCUCUGCGUCUGGUGUCAGCUCUCCAUCUCAGAAGAGACCACCAGAAUGUCCAAGUCUUCAUAAGCCCUGGUGGAGAAAUGACAAGAUGAAGGGAAAGUUUACUAAACUGAGUCCAGCAGGUCAGUCCAAAUACACGUCUUGGGAUAAUGACACGUAUGUAAAUCCUGCCAAUGACUUUAUACCUCCGAGUGUCAAAGCUCCAGUCUACUAUCCAGGUAACCAACUGCUUCCGAAGGAGUGCGGCUUCCAGAGCGGCAGCGCACACAGGAAGCCCUACAGUCCCGAAAACUUCAACAUCUCAAAUGUUGGCAACUUUGAUUAUCGAGAGACUUAUCAGGAACCUUAUGCAAAGCCUCCUGUUCCUGGAGUCCCUGCAAAUGAAGGAUUUCACCAGCGAUGGUUAGAAACUGAGACAGUAAGGAACCAGAAACCAGUGACAAGCCCGUUAUCAUCACCAGCAGGCUCCACAAUGUCUGAUGGAUCUCCAACGCACCACCCCGGAUAUUUCCCUGGUUUACCUCCUCCCAAGAAAGAGGGACCUCUGAACAGCUUGUCUUACCCAGAAAUCCGCAGCAAGUCUUUCAGUCAUGUCUCUCCUAGUAAGGAGGGGAUGUAUCGUAACACACCACCAAGUUACCCACCCAACUGGUCCCCACCCCAAACGUCUGCACCAGGCCACCCUGACCGACAUACCAAGAUAUCCAAGAAAUCUGGCCAACCCAGUAACGGUAAUACCGAGAGACGGGGAAGAAGAAGCUGGAGCACCCAGCAUACCAAACAGACCUCACCACCCUACAACGGAUUCCAGAGAAAGCAAGAUCCUAAUGUGGGGAACGUGUCCGACUUCAUCAAUGCCUCCUUCCUGCCGUCCUUCUCAUUAAUGGCCGACCUCAAGCAAAACCAGAACUUUCCCUUUAACCCCCAAGCAUUUUCUCCUCCGACCAAUCUCCCUUUUCCUCCUCCUUUUCCAUUCUCUGACCUCAUUGAUCUGUUUCACUAUGAAGAUUUGAGUCCCGUUCCUCCCUUCAUCAGUGACUUCUUCUGCAGUGACGUUCCUCCUCCAUUUUAUCCCUUCCCAGCUCCUUCCAGCAGGUAUCGGCCAUCAAGGAAUCGCAGCGGCCCCGCAAAUGAGCUACAUGUGCAGCUGGAGGAAUGCUGCGAGCAGUGGAGGGCGCUAGAGAAGGAAAGGAAAAAGACAGAAGCAGAACUCACGACCAAGUUUCCAGGAAGCAGAAUCUCCAGUUCUUACAGUCCGACAGUCCCACGACUCCCAGCAAAUCCAUCGCGGGUGGACCGUUUGGUUGUGGACCAGUUCCGGGAGCAGGCCAGAGCCGUCUCAUUGGUGAAGAUAAUGGAGAGAAUCCGUGGCGAGACCCUCCAUGUCAAUAUAAACAUCGCCCUGGAGCAUCACCUGGAGGCCAUUCACCUCACACAAGCGCGACGGAAAGAUGAGAUUAUCAACGCUGCCAACCGCCAGAAGCAAGGUGUCCCGCGGUACAACAACGAGAGGGAUGUCUUGGCUCUGGCAGCGGCCAUAAAAGAGAUGGUAGUGUCUACACGGAAGGCGCGGACUGCCCUGUGGUGUGCUCUGCAGAUGACAUUGCCUAAGUCCUCUUCUGGUGUCACCGUGAAGCAGGAAGAUAUAGAAAGAGCCUUACAAGAGCUGUGUCCAACUAGACCACUGACCGUGGAAGUGGAGCCGCAUGCAGAUGUUGUGUUUGGUUCUGAAAGAGAGGGGAGUACGAUCCGUUAGAUCAGCUGCCUCUCAGUAAUAAGUCAGGUCAUGAAUGUAUCGCUGGCGCAGAACCUCUGGGCAACUCCGCCACCAGGCGGCAGCUUUAAUAGCUUUGUAUGAUUUUGUAUCUGCACCUUCUACUGCGUUUCUAUGGUAUUUUACAUAAUGUGCCCAGUGAUCUUUUCCAUGUUUUAAGAGAAGAGGCCUUUAUUUAGGUAUUCACUCGUUAUCGUAUCAUUUUUGUAUCUGCACCUUCUACUGUAUUCUAUGGUAAGUUACUGGGUUAUUACCGUGACCAGUGUUUUAUGUAUCAAGAGGAGUUUUUUGUGAGGGGUAAUGUUAUACCCAUGGCAAUACCUACUAUGAUCAUUGUUAGACUUUUAGUCCCUACUAGGGGUUACGUUAAACCCAUAGUGGUCCCUACUAGGUGUUACUUCAGACCUAUAGUGGUUCUGCCUUGUGGAUAAGUUAGGCCAAUUGCAGGCCCUGCUAGGUGUAACUUUAGACCCGUUGUAGGCCCCUCUUGGGGUUAUGUUAGGACCAUUGUGGUCCCUGCUAGGUGUUACUUUGGAAUCAUAGCAGUCCUAACUUUGGGUUAAGUUAGGCCCUUUACAGUCUCUGCUGGGUAUUACUGGAAGCCCAUGCGUUCCCAAUUUGGGAUUAAGAUAGGCCUAUUACAGUCGCUGCUAGGUGUUAUUUUAGACUCAUAGCAGUCCCAACUAGGGGUCAGGUUAUACCCCUAGGGGUCUAUAGCCAGUGUUACUUUAGACUCAUACUGUUCCCAACUUGGGGUUACGUUAGACCCAUGGCGGUCCAUGCUAGGGGUUACGUUAGACCCAUGGCGGUCCAUGCUAGGGGUUACGUUAGACCCAUGGCGGUCCAUGCUUGGCGUUACGUUAGACCCAUGGCGGUCCAUGCUUGGGGUUACGUUAGACCCAUGGCGGUCCAUUCUAGGGGUUACGUUAGACCCAUGGCGGUUCCUACAAUUUUUAUUUUUUUUGUGCCAAACAAGUAAACCACUAACUAUGCCGCUGCGUCAUGACAGGUUGUGGCGUUUAUUGUGCUGGUGUAUUAUGACUGUCCCCUCCACCUGGUAUAGCUGAGAUUGAUGCACGAGACUAUAAUAUAGAUAUAUUAACCCUUUCUGCUGGGGGCAGCCUGGUUAACCUGCUAACAGUUGUACGUAAGAUAAGAAUAAUUCAUGUAUUUAUCUCGUAGUGGGAGUUUGGGUGAUCGGGGACGAGAUGCGUAGAAGAUGUGCCGUCCGGAUGUCUCUGCAGUGAGUUGUAUCAUCACUCUGGAGGAUUCGCACGUCUCGUAGAAAUGACUAUUUAAUCUAGUUUGCACUUAAUCAGAGUUCGUUAAUUUAAAGGGAUAUGCAUUCCGUAUUUAUUGAGUAUGAAUCUAUUUUACUAAAUCCUUUUUUUAACCUAUUUACUCAGGAAUUAUAGUCGGACUAUAGUAGAGGUUCCUAUUCUCGUAGCUGAUGAGUAUACAGAGUAUUUAAGAGUUACCAAAGCUGUUUGAUGUGUGUGACGUUGUGUCCCCGGUGUGCAGCGUGCGCCAUUGUGUCCUCCUCUGGCUUCAGACAAUCAUGUCUCCCUUGUCAAUGUGAACGUGUGAUUGAGAUCUCGUUUCUGCCUGGUACGUGUAGUCAGUGUGUCAAGCUCUGUGUCGUCUCGUGCUUUGUUAGCGUGGGACAUGUAAUGACGGUAGAACUGACAGAAGCGGUCACGUCAGCGCUCACCUUGUAGCUUUGGUCCAUGUACCGCAGGUGGACUCUGUGAGGCUCUGUCUGUAUUUUUGUGGUUGCGAUGUGCAUAUUUCCAUUGAUUUGGUUAGUGAUUAGGUCUUUGGUGCUUGACUAUAUGGAAUAAUUUCUAGAAUAUUCUGGCUGUGUGGCCACGUAUGGUCGAUGUCUCAGCUGCCGCUCCAUACCGGGUGUCUCUCUUCUAUUGCAUUUUCUGUUGUCCUAAUCGGUGACCAGAUUGAUGACACCAGUAUUGUUGCUCUGUUACUAGUUCUUCCAUAUUGCGCUCUGCUUGGUGAUGGGGCACGUCGUGGUGGCUCCAGCUUAUUCAGGAGUUAUUCCAGUUUAACAUAUCAUGCUUCUCAUGCGUGCAGUGUUACAUGGUGACCUCACUGUCAGUUUAUGACAUCAUGGAAAGCACAAACUGUCAUUGGUCCAUCUGGGGCCUGCCAACAAUCCCAUUUAUCUUCCCCAGGGUGAUGGCUGGGGUGAUGAA